AAGCCCUGCUUUUCAAAAGUGGAGAGACUAAUCUGUAUACACAAGCUUAAGCCUUAAGGGAACCUCCAAGUCUUUUUAGCGCGUCCAUGACUCGGUGACUCUCCGAGUCCGAAACCCAGAACCAUCCCCGAGUCUCUAAUUGCCUCGAAGGGCAAGAUCCUUAAUUUCAUACAAAACCAGAGUGAUCACACUGUGUGUACAGAUGGGUAGCAUUGAGGAGGUUGAACAGGAGCGAGAAUUCAAUGUGGAAGAGACUAUAUUUGUUGCGGUGGGGAAGAGUGUGGAAGAGAGCAAAACAACGCUGUUCUGGGCUGUGCAGAACUUUGCGGGCAAGAAGAUUUGCGUGUUCCAUGUUUACCAGCCUAAGCGUGUGGCUGAACUGACGGAUAUAAAAUUUUCAGGAGACAGACUCAAAGAACAGGCUGGUAAGGCCUUAUGGGAAGUUGAACGGCAAAAGCUGCAUGAACUUCUAGAUCAAUAUAUUCUCGUUCUUGUGCAAGCAGGGGUAGAGGCAGAUAAAGUAUGGAUUGAGAUGGAUAACGUGGAGAAAGGGAUUGUAGACAUUAUUACCCGGCACAAUAUUAGAUGGCUUGUCAUGGGGGGAGCAGCAGAAAAGUACUACUCAAAGAAAUUGGCAGAGCUAAAGUCCAAAAAAGCAUUCUUUGUAUGCCAACAAGCACCAAUUUCCUGUAAUGUUUGGUUUGUUUGCAAGGGGCGCCUCAUAUACACCAGGGGAGGCGGAAAAGAUAAAUCUGAUUUAGAGAUUGCCCCUCCAUUGCUGCUGCUGAAUUCAGAUAUACAAAAUGAGCAAUCAGAGAACUUAGAAUCAGAAACUCUCACUGAUGAUCUGAAAUUUUUAGAUGCAGAGGGAAAUGUUAAUGACCUGGAGAGAAUCUCAAGAAGCUUCAGUCCCCAGUGUUCUGUAUACUCAAUUCGGUCCACUAAAAGGGUGGUUGGCACUUCAAAGUUGGCCCUGGGUUUGACGAAUGAGGAGGAAGAAGAUCAAGGACAAGCCACUAUUGAAUAUUAUUCUAGACUAGAAGAAGCCAUGAGAGAUGCAAAGAGCUCAAAAAGGAAAGAAGUUGAAGAGGCAGUUAAGCGAUGGAAAGAAGAAGACAAUGCCGUGGAGGCUAGAUGCAAGGCAAACUUUAUUUCACCAUUCACAUUUUUUUUUGGGGGGGCCAAAGCAUUAGAGAACUUAUGCGCUAAGGAGAUGAGCCAAAGGAGAGAAAUCGAGGAAGUGCUGACAAGAGAAAAGCAAGAAGUAGAGAGGUUGAAGAAUCAGAAGGAUGACUUCAUGAAAGAACUCCGGAUGGUUAAGGAACAGAAAUCAGUACUUGAGGGCUGGUUUGAAGAGUCCCAAAGUGUGGUGAGGGAGUUAGAGGAGAAGAUCAUCUCAGCUGUGGAACUCUUGAUCAGUUUCAAGGAAAAAAGGGACAGGUUGCAGAUAGAGCAUGAAAAUGCAGUAAGAGAAGUCAACAAACUGAGGAAAAUGUUAAAUGGGGAAGUUGCAAGGUUUUGCAGUGUACAAAUCCCUGCAUUCUCUUUCAUGGAGAUCAAUGAGGCGACUCACAACUUUGACCCGUCCUGGAAGAUUGCAGAAGGAAGAUAUGGAAGUGUUUAUAAAGGAAUCCUUCGUCAUGUUCAUGUUGCUAUAAAGAUGUUGCCAUUCUACGGCUGUCAAAGCCAGUUGGACUUCCAAAAUGAGGUAGAGGUUUUGAGUAGGGUGAGGCAUCCAAACCUUGUAACACUAAUUGGAACUUGUCCAGAAUUUAGGUCAAUUGUCUAUGAAUAUGUACAAAAUGGAAGUCUUGAAGACCGCCUUGCAUGCAAAGACAACACUUCCCCACUUCCAUGGCAAAUUCGAACAAGGAUUGCUGCUGACAUAUGCUCUGCCCUUAUUUUCCUUCGCUCUAAUAAGCCCUGUAUUAUCCAUGGGAAUUUAAAACCCAGUAAAGUCCUCCUUGAUGCCAAUUUUGUCAGUAAACUUGGUGACUUGGGCAUCCUUCACAUGAUCCCACAAAAUGAACAUCCAGCUCAUGCCAUCAGAUUAUGUAAUAACCCAAUGGGAACCUCUGUGUACAUGGACCCAGAUUUUCUUAAGACUGGAAAGCUUACACCGGAGUCGGAUGUUUACUCAUUUGGAAUUAUUCUGUUACGACUAUUAACUGGGAGACCAGUUUUGAGUGUAGUGAAGGAUGUGAAAUGUGCACUAGAAAAUGAAAAUUUCCUGGCAGUGUUAGAUAUUUCAGCUGGGGACUGGCCACUUACGCAAGCCAAACAGUUGGCUCAGUUGGGAUUGAGGUGCUGUGAGAAGAGCCAGUUGAAUCUGCCAGACCUUGUGUCAGAAAUAUGGAAUUUUCUCGAGCCAAUGGGAGCCUCAUGUAUCACCUCAGCAUCAUGCCUGGUUUCUAAGAAGCCUCGCCAGAUUCCCUCCCACUUUCUGUGUCCCAUUUAUCAGGAAGUCAUGACAGAUCCACAAAUAGCUGCAGAUGGCUACACAUACGAAUCUGAGGCAAUAAGAGGAUGGUUCGAAAGCGGCCACAACACUUCGCCCAUGACAAAUCUUAAGCUUGAACACUGCAAACUUGUCCCUAAUUAUGCCCUUCAAAAUGCAAUUCUAGAGUGGGAGCUACAAUUAUGAUUUUUUAUUUAUUUUUUAUUUUUUUACCCCUUUCUGUCUUUUACAUAUGCUGGAAAUGUAUAAUACCGGUCUGGUCUGGAUACCAAUUUAACCACUAUAUUUUUGUAUACCAAUGUAACUGAAAUACGGUAAUGUACAGAACAAGCAAUUAUACGGACUUGUUAAUUUGGACCC